CACUCUUCAACUAGAGCACUAGACAGCUGGAUUUCCAUUUCUUUCUUUUUAAUCCUGCAUUAACAUGACUUGUCUAACUCACGCUGUCAGCUUUUUGCUGGUUGUGGUCCUUUGUCUCCAACAUAGCGAUGCUCAGUCAGUACCGGACAGAUGCAGAUGUCAGAUCACGUCCUCUAAGCCCUCUAGAUGGAAAAAUAUCGACGAGUUCUCCAUCACUGCACCAAGAUCCCGCUGCAAAGCCACCGAGAUCAUACUGACACUGAAGACUGUAAAUACAAAGACAAAUGAGAAAGAACGACGCUGUAUUAGCCCAAAUAUAUAUCAGGGCGAACACCUUCAGCAAUGCUGGAACAGGAUAAACAAAGAUGGCAGGAGAGCCACUAUCAAGAUGUCUGAAUGUGGAAUUUCCAGAAACACUGCAGUAAAAAUUGAAAACACAACCACAGUAAGUCAGCAGUGAGUUACUGAAGAUUGGUGAAACUCCAGGAAUCUUUGUGGUCAUGUGACCAACACAAUCCAGUGGGAAUGCUGACAUCCAGCCUCCUUCCAGUGUCUGUAAACUCCAGCUGGAUGACCCGAGGACGAUAAUGCUUCCAUGAACUGUCAAACACAGAUGUUUCACAGAAAAGGCUGUUGCAGGAUUACAAUGAGCACUGAAUGUUUUACAGGCCUGAAGUAGGCCAUCACUUUAGGCCAUCAUUUUAUUUACUUAGAGCCAGUAUUUAAAUCGUUAUAUAUUAUAUUUAUUUGUUGUUAUUAUUAAGUAUUUUAAAUAAAUGUGUGCAUUUUGUA